AUGAUAGGGUGGGGAGAUGUUUACAAUGUGGUGGUGGCGGUGGUGCCGUUAUACGUGGCCUUACUUCUCGGCUACGCCUCCGUGAAGUGGUGGCGGAUUUUCAGGACGGCGGAGCAGUGCGACGCCGUCACGCGCUUCGUGAGCUACUUCACGCUCCCGCUCUUCACCUUCGAGUUCACCGUCCACGUGGACCCCUACCAGAUGAACUAUAAAUUCGCCGCCGCCGAUGCCGUCUCCAAGGCCAUAAUCAUCGCCCUCGUGGCGGUGUGGGCCCGGAGCAGCAGCAAAGGCAGUUUUUCCUGGUCAAUCACUAGCUUCUCUCUCUCCACGUUGACUAACGGCCUCGUGGUCGGCGUGCCGUUGAUCAAGGCCAUGUACGGGCCGCGGGCGGUGGAUCUGGUGGUCCAGGCGUCGGUCAUUCAGGCCGUGGUUUGGUUGACGCUGCUUUUGUUCGUCCUGGAGCUCAGGCAAACCAGGAACAACUUUAGCUCCGGCGGGGGCGGCGCGGCGGCGGGAGAAAAUGGCGGUGAAGAUUUGGAGGGAAAUAGGAAGGCGGUUGUGGAGAACAGUGAUAGGGCGGCGCCUUCGUUUUGGAGGGCGUCCAUGAAGGCGGUUUGGUCCAAGCUGGCAAUGAAUCCUAACACGUAUGGUUGCUUUGGUGGCAUAAUUUGGGCAUUUAUCUCUAAGAGGUGGCACUUUGAAAUGCCAAUCCUGAUGGAAGGCUCCAUACUCAUUCUGUCAAAGGCCGGCACUGGAACCGCCAUGUUUAGCAUGGGGCUGUUCAUGGCAUUGCAAGAGAAAGUGGUAGCAUGUGGUGCGGGUGUGACGGCAAUUGGGAUGGCGUUGAAGUUCAUAGCGGGGCCGGCCGCCAUGGCAGUAGCUUCUUUUGCAGUAGGUCUGCGUGGGGAUAUCUUAAGGGUUGCCAUUAUACAGGCAGCGUUACCACAGUCCAUUACCUCCUUCAUAUUUGCAGUAGAAUACGGACUGCAUGCAAAUGUUCUUAGCACUGCGGUUAUAUUGGGGAUGAUCGUGUCGCUGCCAGUAUUAGUUGGGUACUAUGCAAUUUUGGAGUUUGUACAAUAAUGGGAUGAAGUUAUACACUUAUACUGGACCUGCUUUAAUUGGUCAUCAUCGCCACUUUGAGUCGUAGAAACAAUCGCAUUACAAUUUGUCACCAACUGUCUUUAGUUUCAUAUACCUUGAGCCAGCUUAAAUUCUGGAUGAGGAUUCCUUGUCUGAAAGCACAUUAGAAUUUGUCCCUCAAACUUUUGUAAUUUUCCCAUAUAUGUGUAGCCAUGAGAGGUGCUAAUGCAUUGCAUGUACUCUUCUCUGUUUUGAUAACCUAUUGAGUUCUGUUUUUC